AUGUUGUUUGGGGCAAGCAGAAGACUGAAGCAGCGUAACUCGAGACGAAGACUGAUUUCUCCCCCUUCCCCCGAUAAUAUAAGUCUUGCAUCAUCGUCUUCAUCAGAGCAGCGGCGGCCGCAGCCAGGAGCAGAGAAGAUCAAGGGCCCUGUUCCGUAUGCCUUCCCCGUGAGGAAUACUUUGAAUGCGGCGGAGUUUGGGAGGUCGGGGAUGAUGGGGCUCGCAGCGGGAAGGGGAAACCGGGUGGCGAAGUGGGCAAAGAACCGGACGGUGCAGGUGGUGGUCUGGGUGGUGGCGUCGAUGGUAAUCAGCCUCGUGGUUCACCUGGGGAUGCGGCGCUACAACAUGGAGAACGCAGAGAAGCGCCUGGUAAGCAUGUGUGAGGAUCGGGCCAGGAUGCUCCAGGACCAGUUCGCCGUCAGCGUCAACCACGUCCAUGCCCUCGCCAUCCUCGUCUCCACCUUCCACCUCCACAAGAACCCCUCUGCAAUCGAUCAGGUGAACGGAGACCUCAUCUAAAUCUGCCUUGUGCUCUGUUCUUGCUCUUAUCUAAUAUCACUCUGGAUUGGUGCAGGCUACAUUUGCGGAGUACACAGCAAUGACGGCGUUCGAGCGGCCUCUGUUCGGCGGAGUCGCAUACGCUCAGAGGGUCAUGCGCUCACAGAGGGAAAAGUUUGAGGAACAGCAGGGCUGGGUAAUUAGGACCAUGAAGCGCGGGCCAUCGCCUGAGCAAGAUGAAUAUGCGCCGGUGAUUUUUGCCCAGGAGACUCUUUCUUACCUCAAAACCCUCGAUAUGAUGUCCGGGGAGGUAAUGCUGCUCACGUCCUCCUCUUGGCGGCUGAACCGUUGUGUUGAAAUGGGGGUCGAGAAGAUCACUAUUGUUCCUUUGAAUGCAGGAGGAUCGAGAGAACAUCCUGCGGGCUAGGGCUACUGGCAAAGCUGUCCUGACAAGUCCAUUCAGGCUGCUCAACUCCAAUCAUCUCGGAGUUGUUUUUACUUUUCCUGUGUAUCGCACACAUCUUUCCCCGACUGCGACUGUCGAAGAACGUGUAGAAGCAACUGCUGGGUGAGCUCCAAUGAUCGUAUCAGUUCUAUAUUUUCAUUUUCAGAGUUGUUCCUCUCUUAUUGCCUAAAGUAGACCCAUAAUUGGCACCAGUACGAUUUCUGGCCGAGUAUUCAUGGAAUAUUUGAUAGAAAGGAAAAAUAAUUUGUUGGAAAGGAAAUGUUUUACCGCCGAAGCCUAAAACCAUACAAUGGUGAGAUUUUGGAGGAAUAAGAUGAGCAAGUUAAUACUGGGAAGAAGACACACGUGACUGAGGGUUCGAUCAUGCCUUGGUGGUUUGGAGAAAAAGCUGAAGAUGAGGGUAGGUAAGAACAGACAGAAUUUAUUGAUGUGGAAAGUUCACGUUCCCACUAGUCAUGCAUAUAAAUUUCAAGGGAAUAGUGGUGUGUCGUUGUGCAUGUCUUAGGGAAAAGAAAGUGGAAGCUGAUUGCCAAUUCAUGGAAUUAAUAUGGGAAAUGCGCAUUCUUCAUACCUUCUUAUCUCAUGCCACCUUUAGAUGAACUACUGGUAGUUAUCAGCUGCGGCCCAACAUGCCAGAGUACCAUGCCUACCUUAUAGUGUAGCAUUUGGUUCCAGCCAUUAUUGGAGAAAAGGGACAUAAGCAAGAAUGAGGCAGAACAGACCUGAAAUGUAGGAAUUCUUUGAUGGAGAAUGAACAUUCACUUUGGUAGCUAGAAGGAUUUCCCUUUCCAUUGAGAAUUGUUGUCAGUAGUCAUCAUGCAAUAUACUUCCACGUAAGUUUCCAUUGUUCGAUUAAGUCCAGUACCGUUUAUUUAUUUUCUAAAUAAAGUCAACCACAACAAGGGUGUAUACAUGUAUGCCUUUUUAUUGGACAACGAGCAUGGAAAAAACAUACUUUUAGGUUUCCCAGAGAAAGAAUAGUGCCCUGAGCUCAGCUUUUUUCACUGAUCUCCUCCUGGCAGCAGGAUGUCCAUAAGCACUGCCAAUUUUGAUAUCUUGAAGCUUGGCUUCCACCUUGGGCACUGAUUACUCCACGAGAUGAAACAUGUUAAAGAACAGCAAAUGGCUCUCAUUGAUUAUUCAAGAUUUUAAUAAUAAUUUUUGUUUGGUCUCUCUGUUAUCAUUCAAAGAAAAGAUCCAGGGUCAUUUGAACCUCCCAAUUGACUAGCUAUUAUUUUCUUAUGGGAAAAGCAAGCAUAUAUUUUUGUGGAUUCAUGAUCAUACCUGAGUUCCCCUGCAUCUCCAAAGUUAUCUGAGGCUCUAAUAAUAAAAAUGGUAGAUUGAUGUCUAGGUUAGUUGUAAUUUUUUCACUGGAUUUUAAUUCCCUUCGAAAAUGUUGCACUCAUGUUGACUUCGACACUUGGGUAAUUAUGCCACGACAUUGCCACACCAUUAUCCUACACCCACACCCUAGGUUUUAACGUCUUAUACAUCCACGUCCGUAUGAAGUGAUUCCGGUCGUACAUCAAGUUUUGCUGAAAAAAAUCUUCCUGGGAACCAUGAUUCUUUGAUAAACAAUUUAAGUGCCAUCUCUUAAGGAGACAACAUAUGGCUGUAGAACUCUAGAAUAUCAAAAUGAAGGCAGAAAGGCAGUCACGUUCAAAUUAAUGCAAUGUUGUCCAUUGAUUUGCAGUAUUUUUUUCUGGAUUUUGUGUAUUUUUUUAAUCCCAUAUUUCAUCACAUCACAUCACAUGGUUCCUCUUAAUUUGGUGAUUGCUCCAAACCCACCCUUCUGGAGGAGAAAAAAUAAAAAAAGAAAGUAGAAAACGAAUCAUGGUCUUCUAAUCAUUCCAUUGUGGAGAGGAAGAUUCAGUCUGACCAAAACAUGGCACACUUCUCACGAACAGCUAUCUUGGCGGAGGGUUUGACAUCGAGUCGCUUGUUGAAACUUUGCUGAAGCAACUCGCCGGCAACGCUGAAAUCUUGGUGAAUGUGUAUGACGUCACCAAUGCGUCCAUCCCCUUAAUCAUGUACGGCCCCGAGCAGAUGAUUGGCUACACCGCUCUCUCCCAUGUAAGCAUGCUGGAGUUCGGGGACCCAUUCAGGAAGCACCAGAUGGAAUGCAGGUAUGAAUUUUUUCUUUUCUAUUUCUUGUGGCUUGCUAUUCAUGGUUUAUUUAAACUGGCGGGUCCUUGUCAGAUAUUGUCAGAAGCCUGCAGUUCCAUGGUCGGCCAUUUACACCCCAACCGGUGUCUUUGUGAUCGUCAUGCUCAUUGGAUAUAUUAUUUUCACCGCCUACAAUCGCUACGCCACUGUUGUGGAGGACUGCCGGAAGAUGGAGGAACUGAAGGUCCAGGCAGAGGCCGCAGAUGUUGCGAAAUCCCAGGCAAGUUUCUAGAAUAAUCCUCCUGCUGAUAAAAAGAUGCUAUUAUUGCCUGGUCAACCUUCUCCCCAUCUGAUCACUUGGUGCAACGUUGACCAUCACAUAGUCAAGCAUCUGAGACGACCUAUGCGGUCUUCCUCCCCCUUCCCCUUCCCCUUCCCCUUCCUUCAGUAAUCAUGCUUCCUGUUCUAAGUGAAACCUUCAUUUGGGUUGCUUAUGAAUCGCAGUUUCUGGCCACCGUCUCUCACGAGAUACGAACGCCCAUGCAUGGAGUCCUCGGUAAUGUUGAGCUCUUUGGUUCUUGUCUUUCGUGGGCGGACUUUGUGCCCAUCGGGCCAAAACCUCAUCGGCGACAUUGAUCUGAUCUCCAGGGAUGCUGGACAUGCUUCUUGACACGGAACUCAGCUCGACCCAGAAGGAUUACGCCCAGACCGCUCAGGUCUGCGGCAAAGCCCUGAUAUCGCUUAUAAAUGAAGUGCUUGAUCGGGCAAAGAUCGAAGCCGGUAAGCUGGAGAUGGAAGCCGUGCCCUUCGACAUCAGAUCCGUCCUGGACGACGUGAUCUCCCUGUUCUCAGCAAAGUCAGGCAUCGAGGUCAGUCCUGGACGAAUUUAUUAUUAUUUCUAAUGCUAGAUCUUCUUUUUCUUUCUUUCCCUAAUUAAUCAAAUAUGGUCCUUCCUUUCUCUUUUUUUUUUUUUUUGUUGACUUCCACGGAAAUCCGCAGCUGGCCGUGUUUGUGUCUGACAAAGUUCCUCAAGUCCUCAUGGGCGACCCGGGGAGGUUUCGGCAGAUCGUCACCAAUCUCGUGGGCAAUUCCAUCAAGGUGAGCUGACUGAUUCCUUUGAGCUCCGAUUGAAUUAGAUUUUUUCAUUUCAGAGAGCUCCAAUUCCUUUCGAGCUUCUCGCCAAUCUGCUGUGAAUUCCCUCCCUCAUACGAAUGUUGUUGUUGUUGUUUCCUUUUUGGUCUUGAUAGUUUACCGAGCGUGGCCACAUAUUUAUCCAAGUUCAUUUGGCUGAUCAUGCAACAGCGGCGAUGAAUCCCAAGACCGAAAUGAGCUCAAACAGGCCGCCGGAUUCUUUCGAUACCUUGAGUGGGCUCGAGACCGCUGACGGCAGAAAUGGCUGGGAGACCUUCAAACUGCUGCUCUCUGAUUGGGCCGAGAGCGGCAGCCGCAGUGGCGGCGACUCAGAGGACAUUGCCCUCAUCGUUAGUGUGGAGGACACCGGAAUUGGCAUCCCCCUGCAAGCCCAGGAUCGGGUCUUCACUCCCUUCAUGCAGGCGGACAGCUCCACCUCCAGAAACUAUGGCGGCACGGGCAUCGGCCUGAGCAUCAGCAAGUGCCUGGUGGAGCUCAUGGGCGGCCAGAUAAGCUUCCUCAGCCGCCCCCACGUCGGCAGCACCUUCACCUUCACCGCUGUCCUCAAGCGGUGCAACCACAGCAACGGCGGUGAGCCGCUGCCUUCCAGCUUCCGCGGCACGAGGGCCAUUGUGCUCGACGACCGGCCAGUGAGGAGUGCCGUCACCAGGUACCACCUCCAGCGGCUGGGGAUCGGCGUCGAGAUCGCCACCAAUGCUGUCGCCGGGCCGAGCAGGUGAGCCCUCUUCUUCUUCUUCUUCUUCAACCUCAAUCUUCUUACUUCUUAUUUAUGUGGGGAUUUUUUCUUUCUCCUUGGCAGCCAAUUGUGGAAGCACCCGGACAUGAUCGUCGUGGAGAAGGACACCUGGGAGUCCUCUGGUCUGCGGCGGCGACUGCUCGAGUGGAAGGGCAGCGGUGAGGGGGCGGCGCUGCCACCACCGAAGAUCGUCCUGCUGGUGGGAGCUGAGUCGGAGAAGGCGGCAGCGGCGGGGGGAGGGCUCGCCGACGCGGUGAUCAUGAAGCCGCUGCGGGCAAGCACUAUCGCUGCCUGCCUCGAACAGGUGGCGGGGAUCAGAAAGCUGCACCGGCCGGAACUAGUCAACGGCGGCUCGGCCUUCCUGCGCAGGCUGCUCGCCGGGAAGCGGAUCCUUGUGGUGGACGACAACAAGGUCAACCGCCGCAUCGCCGCCGGCGCCCUGAACAAGUACGGUGCCAACGUGGAGUGCGCGGAGAGCGGCAGUGACGCUCUCUCUCUCCUCCAGAUCCCCCACGACUUCGACGCCUGCUUCAUGGACGUCCAGAUGCCCGAGAUGGACGGGUAGGAUGCGCCCUCUCUCUCGCUCUCUCUCUCCUCGCCGUGAAUUCUUCUCACUCGACGGCGGCAGCGCCGGUUUAAAAGUGCAGUUUCGAGGCGACGAGGAGGAUACGGCAGAUGGAGAGCAGGGCGAACGCGGAGGGGGGACGGGGCAGGGAGUGGCACGUGCCGGUGCUGGCAAUGACGGCGGACGUGAUCCAGGCGACGUACGAGGAGUGUAUGAAGUCGGGGAUGGACGGGUACGUGUCCAAGCCCUUCGAGGAGAAGCAGCUCUACCAGGCCGUGGCCAGGUUCUUCAAGUCCCAGCAGCCCCCCCCCGUCGCCGACGGCUCCUCAUGA